CAAUUUUAAUUCUUUAAUAUUAUUUAUUGCACGCAUUUUUAAUUAAAUGAAAUUUUUAUUGGAUGAUGUAUUAAAUUUAAAAAAUGGAACAAUAUACAGAAAUUACAUGGCCAGCAGAGUUUUCUGAAUUAAAGACUAUUGAAAAAUUGUUGAAAUGUGAAAUAUGCUAUGACUACAUGGAUACUCCAGUAAUUACACCCUGUUCUCAUAAUUAUUGUUCGUUGUGUAUAAGAAAGUAUCUGCACUACAAAACCCGAUGUCCUUUAUGUUUUCAAGAACUAUUUGAAAAUCAGCUGAACCCUAACAGAAUUUUAGAAGAAAUUCUGGUAAAUUUUGCAAAAGUAAGAACUAAAUUACAUUGUCUUGUCAAACUAAAUAAUAACUCAAUUGACAGCGGAAUAAAUCAGAGCGAAACAUAUUUGUCACAAAAAAGCAAUCAAGGUUCAAGUAACAGCGUAACAAUAGAAGCGACUGAUCGAGUAAAUGAAGGUGCCGAUGAGAAAAAUGAGAAAAAUGAUCGACAAUCCAAUAAUUGUGAGACGUCCAUAAAUUCUAAUAAACUGGUGAAAAAUGAUAAACUUCUUGAAAAUAAUGCGAAUUCUUUAGAAGUUAAAAAUGAAAAUAAAUUUAAAUCAUGCCCUGUUUGUCAAGUUAAUGUACCAGAAAAAAAUAUGGAUAUACAUUUUGAUAAUUGUACUAAAAGAGAAGCCAGUAUUAUUUGUACAACCACUGAUAAAAAACGCCCACAACUACCGAAGCUGGUAUUAAAUCUAAUGAAAGAUAGUGAACUAAAAAAAAAACUAAAAGAAGUAGGUCUUCCCACCAAGGGUGUAAGAAAAGUUUUGGAAGCUCGUUAUCAACGUUACUGUACAAUUUACAACGCUGAGUGCGAUAAAAAAAAUCCACGAAGUGCUGCAGAACUGUUGAAACAAUGCAAUAAUCUUGAAAAACUAGAAAAAACAAUUGAACCACUUCCACUGAAUAUGCGCAGUAAAAAAUAACUAUUUCUAUUUUUUUUUUUUUUUUGUAAUAUAUAUUUUUUUAUUUAUUUUGAAAUAAAUUUACAUUAAUAGAUGAGAAUAUCAAAAUAAGAGAUCAUGAAUUUAAGAGAUGAUUAAAACUAUUGUAUCAAUAUAUUUGUUCUUUAUUGUUCUCAAUAUAAUUUUAAAAAAUUAAUAAUUUCAAAUGAUAUUUUAUUAUUUAAUUGUUUUUUAAAAUCACAUUCGAUCAAUAAGUCGUCUUAGAUAAUAAUAAAUAUUAUUUG